AUGAGAUUAAGAAUAGUGUGCAAAUAAUUUUUUAACACAUCCAAAAAAGCUCCUCCUAAACCUUCAAGUAUUAUGGGUACCCAACUUUCCCAAAAAUAAAUGGAUGAAUUAAUGAACCCUUUAGGAUUCUUAAAAGAAAAUGAGAAAGGUGAAGUGUAAGAAUAAAUCGAGAAGGCAAAAGAAUUAAAGGAAUUGAUUGAGAAAUAUAAGAUAAACAAAAACCCAUAGAGUGGAAACCAAAACAAACCUUAUGAAUUGGAUAAAAAUGGGAUGCCACCUGAAGUAGGAUUUAAAGUAAAAGGUCCAGAACCAACUAGAUAUGGAGAUUGGAUUGGAAGGGGAAGAGUAACAGAUUUUUGAG